CCUUACCGGGGUCCCAGCCAAAUUUUUAAGAGUAGUGGCACCGUUCUGUGACCGUGAAAUUGGGUAAACGGUGGCCUGAAAAUAAAGGUUGAAGCACCGCUGGCACACGGCCACCCAAAGCUCACGGUUUGGAGUUCCAAUUGUUUCCACCGAAAAUACCCACAGAAGCCACAAUGAUCUUACUCUUGAUCAGGAGAUCAAUCUUAGUAGGGGGGGGUAGUGUUACGAUUACAGCUCACAGCUUGUUACGGUUAUUACGGUUGUUAUAGGUAUAAGGGGAUUACGGGUGCAGCCUUAGCCACCAAGGCUACAACCGUCGGACUGGCCUCGUUCGGACUGGCUGGACUUAUAGUUGGCAAUGUGAGGAAUCAUAUACGACCAUCAACUCAAGAGAGUUGGGCAUCCCCGUCCGCACUCCAUAUACAAGCUUGUAAUACAGGCUUAGUACUCUCAAUCGCGCCAACAGAUUUCGUGCGCCGGCCUUCCUAUUCCAUCUUUUUGCCGUUACAGUGGAGGGCAUACCCUAGCUGAAUGCAGGACGACUCCCGAUCUCGUUCGCGCGCCGGCCUUCCUAUUUCAUAUGUUUACGGCUCUAGUGGCGGGCAGACCCUACCUAAAUGGAUGACAGCUUCCGAUGUCUUGUGGUGGAAAGGCUUAAGCGAUUUCGAUUGUCUCUCAAUAACGGAUUUCAUUGCUAUAGCUUCAAAAAUACUUGAAGAGUAACUAUCCAGGACGUCAGUCGAAAUACUGCCCAGUAGGCAAAGUUCACCGUGCAAAAGGCUUGCAAAAUAGGCUCCAAAAGAUUGCGCCAACCAUCUUAACCGCACCUUGCUCCAGCAGACGAUAUGUUGUUAAUUAUCUGUGCGCGGGGAUACUCGGCCAAUUUGGGUGGGUUUCCCCGACUGACAAGAAGUAUCGCACAGAGUAGCCCAGCUUUAGACAAACGAGCUGUACAGUAUAAGGCUACCUCCUUCUUCAUAGAGCCAAGAUAGUCCUGUAAUUUGCUUUUUGAAAUAACCGAGUUCGUGUGCUGCUCCGUUGGUUUCAGGUUCAAUUUCCGACAGCUUAGAUCAAGCCUUUCUUUAUCUAGUCAUCAUGAAGAUCAAUCAUGAAGAUCAUGAUACCUUCAAAAUUAUGUGCUAUUAUCUAUGCUAGUGUCAUUUAGGAAAGUAAUUCGUAUUGCUUUAUAACUUCGUGAAGUGACUAGUCCUCGGAUCUUGGAUAUAAAACAUAGACAACUUCCCUCGACGUAUGUAGAAUGAAUAGACAUCUUGCCCCGAUUUCCAAGACCCAUUUCGGAUUCCAAUUAUGCGUCAAUCUAUCAUCCUUGCGCUCUCUGCCAUUGCAGGCGUCUUCGCCGCACCAGCCACCUACAAUGCACGCGGCAAUUCCAGCGUCCAGGGGCAAGGAGACUUUUUCUGGGGCGGAGCCGUCCAAGAAGGCACCGGCUGGAACUUUGUCCAAGGCAGCGUAGUCGUCCCCAACUUCAGCGGCGGGGACCCCCACCAGUCCGCAAACAUGUGGGUCGGAAUCGACGGCCGAUACUGCUCAAGCGCCAUCCUGCAGACCGGCCUUGUCGUCUACGGCGAUGGCUCCUUCUGGCUAUGGACGGAGUGGUGGAAGAAUUUGAUGCAGGACUAUCAGAGCGGUCUUACUUUUGCACCUGGUGAUACGUUGCGCUUCACGGUGCAUUCUACGAGCUAUACAUCUGGCAGCACGACGGUGGAGAACUUGAGCAAUGGGCAGCAGGUCUCGCAGACUUACACGAGCGAGACGGACUAUCCGCUUUGCGAGACGGAUGCGGAAUGGAUCCUUGAGGACUGGACGCAGGAUGGCCAGCCGGUGCCGCUUUAUAACUGGGGUACUAUUAGUAUUUUCGACACAGUUGCGAGGAACCCUAAUCGUCAGGUCACUGCUGCUGGGGCUGACAUUGUUAAUAUCAACAUCAAUGGGUAUACUCUUACCGAGAGCAAUGUUCAGUCUGACGGUACUGUCAGCGUCACUUACAUUGGGCCCAAUUAGGAUUGGCUGUUCGGGAUAAGAUAGAGUGUGCGAGGGUAGUGGAAUAUAAGUCUCGGU